CCAGUACAGUGCCUGCGCAGUCUUGCUUCUCUCUAGAAUCGCUGCACAUCGCUGCGCAAGAUUUCUCGUGCGGAAGCCAAUACGGCUCGCCAAUAUCGCAGAUAAUAACACGUCUGUACUGAAUAUAAAUAAAAAAGUUAUUAUAAACGCAUAGCAGACAGAUUUAGAGAAAGGCUUUCUAUUCAGAAUAUGGAAGAAUUUUAAAAAAUUUGAAAAUGGAGAUACAGCUUUUUAUGAAGCAUUGAAAUAUCGUAUUGACUGGAAAGGAAAGUCAUUCGUGUUCAAUAUCAAAAUGCAGCGCACAGAGGGAAUCAUUAUCUUUGCGUGGCUACUGUACGUUCAGCCGAUAGCCAUUAUGAAUCACAUUGUGAUAGCACAAGAAGAUACUUGCCAGCUGCCAAGUGCCUUAAUCGAGGAAAUAGACUCGUACUCUGGGAUAGUGCAAAGAAUAAUCUACAAAACUAUGCAAGGUUCUUUCAAAGGAACUACUUGGCAAGAUUUAGCACAGUUUGUCGACAAAUUUGGCCCGAGGUUCACGGGUACCCAAGCUCUCGAGGAUUCCAUCGAUUAUGUGUUAAACAAUUCGAUUAGUUUAGGCCUAGAGAAUGUUCAUGGUGAAACGGCCACUGUACCACAUUGGGUCAGAGGCUCUGAAUCUGCAACUCUUUUACAACCACGGCGACAAAAUCUGGCGUUAUUAGGUCUCGGUUAUAGCGUGGGUACUCCGGAAGAAGGCAUAACUGCUAAAGCCAUUGUUGUGGAUAGUUUUGCGGAACUUGAGAAAAGAGCGAAAGAAAUUCCAGGAAAAAUUGUCGUGUACAAUCAAAAAUUUGUUUCGUACGGGGAGACCGUAGAGUAUAGAAGCUCAGGAGCCACGAGAGCGGCAGAAUUUGGUGCCGUAGCUGUUUUAAUCAGAUCAGUGACACCAUAUUCGCUGUAUACUCCUCACACUGGUAUGAUGAGCUACGGAGAAAACGUCACCAAGAUCCCAGCUGCCUGUAUAACUGUCGAGGAUGCAACUCUUUUGGGAAGGAUGGCGAAUCGAAGUGAAGAUAUUGUUAUAAAUCUGAAGAUGCAAGCGCAGACACACCCCGAUACGCAAUCGCGGAACGUCAUAGCGGAUAUCACCGGUUACAGCGCGCCUGAAAAGAUAGUCGUUGUUUCUGGACACAUAGAUAGCUGGGACGUUGGACAGGGUGCCUUGGACGACGGAGGUGGCAUUUUCAUAUCCUGGAACGCAAUAAAGUUACUGAAACAACUUGGGUUACGGGCACGUAGAACAAUGAGAAUGAUAAUGUGGACUUCCGAGGAACUUGGUCUCAUUGGAGCUCGUCAAUAUAUACAGAAGCACGCGGCGGAAAAUGGAAAUCUACAAUUUGUGAUGGAGUCCGAUUCGGGCACAUUCGUGCCUGUAGGCCUCGAAGUCACUGGUGACGAGACGAUCAAAUGUAUACUUCGGAGGAUAAUGAAAUUGUUGGCUCCGUUGGGUGAUAUGAAACUGAAGAGUCCUUGCACGGCACCUGAUAUACAAUUCUGGGUAAACGCUGGCGUACCAGGCGGCAGUUUAUGGACGCAAAACGAGGAAUACUUUUACUACCACCAUACGAAUGCGGACACGAUGCUGGUGGAAAAUCCGAAAGCUCUGGACAUGAACACAGCCAUAUUUGCAGCGCUAUCGUUCGUCCUAGCGGACAUCAGCGUCGAUUUUCCCCGACACAACUACACUUAUCCUCUUGAUAAAAUAUGGAAAAUUACUUUUCCAAAUUGACGUAUAAUAUAAAUUACAAUGAGCGUGUGUGUUCACUGUAUAUUUCAAAUGUUAUAUACAAUAACAACAUACAAACAAUUAGGCCUACUGUAAAUGACUAAUCUAAAUUUUUCAAAAGCAUUACAGAAACAUUCCUGAUCAAACGAGCGAGAUUUUACGAUUCUCUUCUCUAAUUUGAUUUCUCUUCUGUUUAAUUGUCUCUCUCACGACGACCUUAUUAAAAAAUUAUCUAUUCGAAAUACUAUCCGAAAUACUACGAGAAUUAUAUACGUUCUCGCAAAAAUAUUCUAAUAGGAUAAGUGGCCGUAGUUACACAAGUUAUAAUCCAACUUACAUAAAGUAAAUCAUUUUCGAAAAAAUAAAAAUAAAAAUUUAAUACAUGAUUUAAAAAAUAUAGGUAGCACUAAGGUUCUUUAAAGUCGUUGAAGAAAUCAAGUAUAGUGAAUUUUCUUCUCUUUAAUAAUAUCCAUCGACGAGUUUAACCUUUAAAAGAAUAGAUGAAAAAGACGCAACUUCGCGCAAAUAGUAGAAAAUAAAAAAAAUAUUUUUUAAUUAAUUUUAGGCGCCUAUAAGGCUUGGAUCUUUUCUGUUUUAUGCAGAAAGACGUAUGGAUUAACCAUUGAUAACAAAAACUCAAAAAUCAUAGUUUUGGAUUAUUAGAUUGUGUUAUUGGAUAGGUUGGAUUAUUUUUGUAUAACUAAUGACCAAGUGUACUCCGCAAGACUACCUUUGGGACUUAUAUGUCUUACGUCUGCGAUCUGUACAAUGUAAAGCAAAAUAAAUUAAUUACAUCGAUAA